UUCUUUUUUUUUUUUUUUUUUUUGGGUAAUAUCUCUCACUCAAUUCUUAGUUUCUUCACCAAACCCUUUUCUUUAUAAAAACCCCAUUUGGCUUCCCUAUUCUUUUCCCAAGUCUUUUUCUCUCUCUCUCUCUCUUUCUUUUUUUAUUGUAAAUUGGCUGAAGAUAUUUUUUCCGAAUGAAAAUGGAGUCUGUGACGAGUACUAGAAGACCUUGUUUUGUGGAGGAGGAUGAUGGGUUGGCUUCACUGGCUGAUAUGGAAGCUGGGUUUUCGGGGAAUCAUCACCCUUUUUACUAUUCUAGGCCUUUGUGCUAUUCAAGGAGGAGUAGUUUCAGGAACCUUUUGGCCGCUUCUUCUUCAUCUUUUUCUUCUUGUACUAGUUCGCCUAGAUCUGGUGGCUGGUUUUAUGAUGCAAGAUUUGAAGAUCAUCAGCCCCAUUUCUUGGAAUCUUGCUUUCUUUGCAAGAAACCACUUGGGGAUGGCAGAGAUAUCUACAUGUACAGAGGUGAUACUCCAUUCUGUAGCGAAGAGUGCAGGAAGGAGCAGAUGGAUAUGGAUGAAGCGGAGGAGAAGAACAUGAAUGUCUCUUCUUCAAGAAAGGCAUUGAGACAGAAUGAUCAGAGGAAAUCCAAUUCCCCUACCAAAACAAGAGGCUAUGCUUUCCGUACAGGCACGGUUGCGGCCGCUUAACCAAUGAAAAUGAAAGAAAAAAGAAAUUACGAAAGAAAAAAGACAAAAGAAGGUUAGAGAAAAGACUUUCCCAGAAAAGAAGAGAAAGGAAAGGAAAACUCGUGGUUGGUAUAUAUGUUCCACAAAGAAAAGGGGCCAAGGAGAGAUGAAAAUAUGGUGAAGCAGGAGGGAAAAGAGCUGCUGCGGGAAAUUUUGGGGCUUUUUUUUUUUUUUUUUUUUGGGUAAAUGUGAUGUUAUAUAUAUGAUAGGGCGUGUGAGGAGAAGUGUGUAUGGUUUGCUUGAAUCUGCUCUAUGAGAUGGCUCUUCUUUUGGGUUUUUCUAUUUCCUCUUUCUUUUCUUGGGCUUGUUUCCUUUUUUUUUUUUUUUUUAUUCUCUUUUUUGUUGGUAGUACAAAAACUUGAUCAGCCUUGAAUGGUCUGGAAAUAUAUAUAUAUAUAUAUAUAUAUACAUAUAAUAACAGUGAAAUUUUCCUUCUGA